UUGUAACAAUGAAGACAAUUACUUUCACUGUUUUACUCUUCGGUGUUUGCGCCUUUUCCAAUGCAUUUUCGACUUUUGAGAGAGAUUCAGACUCUUCUGAAGAUGUAGAAGAAUACGGUUUGCAUUCUAGAAAUCGAAGGGCUGCCAAUUUGGAAGCAGAAUUGAUUAAGGAUAAUAAUAUGGAAGGCGACUCUGAAGGAAUAAUAAACUUUAAAGAAGAAAAUCAGCACUUGCUUUCAAGAAAUCGAAGAGACAUUGUUAUUCCGAGAAGAAAUUUCGAACUUAGUAGUGGUGUGUCACAUAACUUACAUCACUCAUAUCACUUACAUCAGACACCCCACUCACAACAGACACAUCAGUCACAUCACUCAUCUCACUCAGCUCACUCACCUCACGCACCUCACUCACCUCACGCACCUCACUCACCUCACGCACCUCACUCACCUCAAUUACAUCACUCGCAUCAUAAAAAGCAGAGACAUCAACCCAGAGAAAACAACAAAAGAUUGUCAAAUGAAAGAAAUCAGAGUCAAGUAAAUAAUGGCAAUGGUCAAUGGCAUGGGCAUGGUUCAAAACCCUUGAGAAAAACACUCAGAAAAAACUCACUACAAGAAAAUACAAGACCUGCUGGCACUUACAGCAGAUUGACUGUAAACAAUCCCAGUCACUUGAAUAGUCGUGUUGCUUAUCCAAAACAUGGAAGAACAAACAAUUACAGAAGCUCAAAGCACGGAAACAUCGGGGCAUUCAGUAGUGGUGCAGCCAGCCAGAAACCUGAGAAUAAAGAAGCCAAUGCAAAAGUGUCAAAUGCGAAAACUGAGGGAAAAAGUAAUAAAAAAUCGCAAGUAGCAGAAAUAAAAGUUGAGGGAAAAACCAAUGAUAAAACGCCGAGUGCAAACGUCUCUGGACAAAAGAAAGACGAAAAAACUAAAACCGAUGCAAAACAUUAAGACUAAGGUGGCACUAAAUAAGAAUUUUUUAAUUUUUACUACAAAUUAUGGAUUUGUAAUCACAUUUUCUGGGAAUUUUAUACUAAUGUUGCAAUAUAAAAAAGUAUCUAAUAAAAAUAUUUUAGGGUAA